AUGGUGAGAGAGGAUAAAAGGAAGAAAGGAUCAGUAAAGCAUGGAAAAAGAAGGGGUUUUUCUGGCAAAAGAUGGCAGGAGAUAGCCGACGAAUUUACAAAUGACGCCAAUCCUCGGGACGCCAAUCCUCAGAGUUUACCCGGUGUUAGCGAGGUUUUACCAACGAAUACAACUGCCGAUCGCGAAAGUGUCUCGACUAAGAAGCUUCUAAACAGUUCUUUUGAGAAAUUCGAAAGCAGCCGAGGAAUUUUGACUCGUGAACAAGCAAGAAAAGUUGGUUUAGGAUCGGCACGUGAUGUUGAAAUUGCAACCGGAUUUAAAAUACAAGAUGCCACUCUCUUGAGCGAUUGCAUUUCGGCCGCAGCAGUAUGUAGUUCCUGUCGUAAAGCAACAUCAAAACUUAAACUUUAUCAACGAAACAGCGAUAGAGAAGGUUUGUCAGAAUCAUUAUUCCUGCAAUGUUCGUCUUGUGAGGUGGUGACUCCAUUACCAACAAGCAAUCGACUAGGUGGCAAAGGUGGUGUGUCUCAUGAAGUCAACCGUCGAGCAGCUUUGGCUUCCCAUCAAUUUGGCCAUGCUGGAUUGACACAGUUCUGUGCUGGUAUGAACUUACCUCCCCCAGUUGGUAAAGAUUCAUACAAUAAGCAUCUAAUUAAAAUUGAGAAGGCUGCCAAAACCAGUGCCGAAGAAGUAAUGAAAGAUGCUGCCAAAAGAUUAUUCGAAAAGGUUAUGUCAGAAUGUCCGGAUGAUAUUGAGGAGGACGGCGAAGAUUUGAUUGCUCAUGUUUCUGUGACAGUUGACGGUACCUGGCAGAAAAGAGGUCACUCAUCAAAAAUCGGAGUGAUCUUUGUUAUCUCAGUUGCAACUGGGGAAAUCCUAGAUUAUGAAGUAAAAUCACUCUUCUGCCAUGAAUGUAAAGCUCAUAACAACCAAGAUCAUGAAGGCGAAGAGUUCCAAGAGUGGAAGAAGGCUCAUGAACCAAAAUGUGAAGUGAACCAUGUAGGAUCGUCUGAAGAGAUGGAAGCUGUGUCUGCUGUUGACAUAUUUAGCCGAAGUAUUGCAACAAGAAAAUUAAAGUAUACAACCUUUGUUGGUGACGGAGACAGCAGUAGUUUUGGCCGGGUAAAGGAGGCACUGGAUAAAAAGUUUGGUGCUGCUUAUGAAAUUAAGAAAGAGGAAUGUGUGGGGCAUGUUCAGAAGAGGCUUGGAAGUGAUUUGAGAAGGUAUAAGAAUGACAUGAAGGGAAAGAAACUUUUGGACGGUAAAUAG